UGGCAGGGGCUGGCUGCAGGAGGGAUGCAGGAUCCCACGGGGGGCACACUCAGCACCAGGGCCCCGCAGCAAGGAGUGGAGAGGUGGCCACCAAGGCAGAGGUGCCAAAAAUGACACCCAGAGAUCGUGGGACCUGUCACCAUCCCCGCAGGGACCUCCUCAGGCAGCAGGCAGCUCCUGGCCAAAGGCAUCACCAGCUGGCAAGAGGGGAAGCCUGGCAAGCUCUCGGCUCUUCACGGCGCCACGGAAACGCUGCCAAGGCAGCCCAGGUGAAUUCCAGCCCGGCAGGAGGAGGGACCGGAGGGAGUGGCGGCUCCCGGCGCUCCCGAAUCUGGAGAGGAGGCAGCGCCAGCCCGGUGCGAGCGGCGUGCGCAGGCAGCAGGGACCUUCUGCUCGGGGCACAGCGGGGACAAGGGCUCCCACAGCUCUUCUGGCCGCCACGGAGCACCAUGACGUGGCUGUUCCUCACCAUUUCUUGUUUCAUGCUCGUCGCUCCAAAGUCAGAAGGGAACCCUGAGGUGUCCAUGGAUGUUGGCGAAAUUAUCCGGUACCACGGGUACCCCUUCGAGGAGCACGAGGUGGUGACAGAGGACGGGUAUUACCUCACCCUGCAGAGGAUCCCCCACGGCAGAGACAGCCCAGGGAGCUUCAGCCUGCCCCACAAGGCAGGGGCACAGCCCCCCAACAGGUUCUGUCCCCCUCCAAAGGCCGUGGUCCUCCUGCAGCAUGGCCUGGUGUUGGAGGGAAGCAACUGGGUCACCAACUUGCCCAACACCAGCCUGGGCUUCAUCCUGGCCGACGCUGGCUACGACGUCUGGAUUGGGAACAGCCGGGGGAACAGCUGGUCACGGAAACACCAGGAGUUUGAAUUCUACCAGCAGGAAUACUCAGCCUACAGCUUCCAUGAGAUGGCCAUGUAUGACCUUCCAGCAUCCAUCAACUACAUCCUGCAGAAAACGGGGCAGGAGCAGCUGUACUACGUGGCUUAUUCCCAAGGCACCACCACAGGUUUCAUUGCCUUCUCGUCCAUUCCCGAGCUGGACCGCAAGAUCAAGAUGUUCUUCGCCUUGGCUCCCAUCACCGUGAACUCCAACAUGAAAUCCCCCUUGGUGAGGCUGUUCGACCUGCCCGAGGUGCUGCUCAAGGUCAUUUUAGGCCAGACAGUGGUCUUUGAUAAGGAUGAGGUCUUGAAGCAAGUGAUUUCCACCAUGUGCACCUACCCCAUGCUGAAAACCGUGUGCUCUUUGGUGUUCUACCUGCCUGGUGGGUUCACCAACAGCCUGAACGUGAGCCGCAUGGAUGUCUACCUGGCCCGCUACCCUGACUCCACAUCCCUAAAGAACAUGUUGCACUGGCGCCAGCUCUAUCAGACCGGGGAAUUCAAGCAUUACGAUUACGGCAGCGACAACGUGCUCCAUUACAACCAGACCACUCCUCCCUUCUAUGAGCUGGAGAAGAUGAAAACCCCUCUGGCUGCCUGGUAUGGGGGCAAGGACUGGAUUUCAGCCCCCGAGGACGUGAACAUCACCCUGCCCCGCAUCUCCAACGUGGCCUACAAGAAAUACAUCCCUGAAUUUGUGCACUUUGACUUCCUCUGGGGCAAGCAGGUCUACGAGCAGGUCUACAGGGAAAUGCUUGACCUGAUGGAGAAGGGCACCUAGAGCUGGAGCAGAGAUUGUUGGCUUCUCCAUGACUUCUGGGGCUUCUUUCAUCUACAGGGCGGGGGGGGAUAAUUUUUAAAAAAGAAGGAAAACCGGGGGGGAAAAGCUCAAUAAACUGCUACACUUGGUCUGGA